AUCAGUUACUCACCCAGUCGCUGAGUGAGGGAUACGAACAAAGUCACAGGGCGAACUUCGUUUUGCACUGACUGAAGUUGUGAUUCGCUCCUUGAGCCACUGGUUUUUUCUUUCUUAUUUGUUGAUUAAAUAAUAUUUGAAAACUUUCUCACAAAGGGUUUACUGUGGAUGUAGAAUACAGAGUGAACAAGCUUGCAAGCUAAAACAAAUAUUUCUGGCGCCAGAUUAUUUCUGGUAUUGUUUUCUUGUUCUUGAGGGAAACAUGGAUCUUUGCAGAUUUGCAUUUUGACAAAAGUUGAAUGCCUUGGCAAACCAAUCUUGUACAGUUUCUGCAAGUUUGUUGAGGAUUUAGCUAUACAUGUACAGGAGAACUAUUUAUUGCAGGACGUCAUUUUAAAGGGAAACGAGCUUUAUUGCGUGCAUUUCGUGUGCAACACAGCGAAGUUCUGCAAAGCGAAUUCCAAAACGGCUUGCACAACUCUGCGUGCUGUUUCAACAUGUCAUUGCCAAGAGGCACCGGAAAGAAGAAAAAGCAUGGCCUGAAGUUCCCCGAAGAAGCUUUCAGGCAGAGCGAGCCCGAAAAUUUGCCGCCUCGGAACUUGGACUCGAGAACCUUCAUCACCAUUGGAGACAAGAAUUUUGAGGUGCAGGCAGAUGACCUGGUGCCCCUGUCGGAGCUGGGCCGAGGGGCCUACGGGGUGGUGGAGAGGGUACGACAUGCACAGAGCGGGACCAUAAUGGCCGUCAAGAGAAUCAGAGCGACGGUCAACACACAGGAGCAGAAGGGGCUCCUGAUGGACCUGGACAUCUCCAUGAGGACGGUGGACUGCCCCUACACCGUCACCUUCUACGGGGCCCUGUUUCGGGAGGGCGACGUGUGGAUCUGCAUGGAGCUGAUGGACACCUCCCUCGACAAGUUCUACAAAAAAGUGGUGGAGAAGGGCAAGCGGAUUCCGGAGGACAUCUUGGGGAAAAUCGCCGCCUCGAUCGUCAAAGCUCUGGAACAUUUGCACAGCAAGCUGUCCGUGAUUCACAGAGAUGUGAAGCCCUCCAAUGUCCUCAUUAACAACGAGGGCCACGUGAAGAUGUGCGACUUCGGGAUCAGCGGCUACCUGGUGGACUCCGUGGCUAAGACGCUGGAUGCUGGCUGCAAGCCUUACAUGGCACCAGAGCGGAUCAAUCCAGAGCUGAAUCAGAGGGGCUACAACGUCAAGUCAGACGUGUGGAGCCUGGGAAUCACACUGAUCGAGCUGGCCAUCCUGCGCUUCCCCUACGAGUCCUGGGGUACGCCCUUUCAGCAGCUCAAGCAGGUGGUGGAGGAGCCGUCCCCCCAGCUGCCCGCCGACCAGUUCUCCCCGGAGUUCGUGGACUUCACCACGCACUGCUUGAAAAAGAAAGCGGAGGAGAGACUGAGCUACCUUGAGCUCAUGGAGCAGCCCUUCUUCAAGAUGCACGAGUCCAAGGAGACGGACGUGGCCUCCUUCGUGAGGGAGAUCCUCGCCGACGGCCAGAAGUGACUCCCCUCCGCCUCCCGCCAAAGCUCCGUCGCCGUGACAACGCGCACGACGCCUUCCCCGGAUUCGUGCUUCGGGGUGGGGGGGGGUCGUUCGACCCGUCACGGACAGUCGGAAAACAAUGUCAAACAGCCUUACGACAUUAAUGUUUAUUCUUUUUGUUUUUUACGUUUUUUUUUCUUCUUUUUUCCUUUUUUUUUUUUGUGGAAACCUGGCAACAAUUCGGUACACAGGGAGGAAAAUGGGAGAGCUGGGCUGUAGCGAAAUCGCUAAUGCACAGGUUCGGUUCAGCGUUCAGUCUUCUAAUGAAAAUGACUUUAAAAAAAUAAAAUAAACGUCUUUAGUUUUCCCGAAAGCAAUAACGGUGUAAGAGCGUAGUGAGGACAGGAUGUCGGGUUGCUUGCCUUUUUUUUUUUUUUUUCUUUUUUUCUUUUUUUUUACCCACGAUGCACUGCGCCUGGCCUCUGCUUCCGUUCACACAACUUCUUCUGCUGUAAGCCUGUGUGAGCCGGGGGGCUUUUGCUGAACGUACUGGUCCAAGAUGGCGGACAAAUCUCCUUUUGCUGUCCGUACCGGGGGGGGGGGGGGAAUUUCACAUUUAUAAAGAUCUCGGAGUCGGGUUAGAAAGCGUUGUAGCGCAGCGUUUGCGUUUCGUGGUCUGGCCUCAAGGGGGGAACUGAAUGUGAAGAUCCGCUGCUUACUCGAGCCCUUUUUAAGCGGCGCUGAUGCGAACCCGAACGCGCAACGUGGGCUGUGAGGGGGGGACGUCCCGCUGCCGGUGCGUCCUGUGUCACGACCGCUGACUCGGAAACUUCCAGAAACCUUCGGAGCGUUUCUGUAAAACGAACUGCUCGCUCGCGACCGGUGGCCGUUCGCGGAUUUGGCGCCCUGCUGCUGCUCUCUCCUCUGUGCACAAGUCCCGCCCCACUCCCCCCCCCCCCCCCCCCCCCCCCCCGCCUGCUUACCACCCCAGGCCACAGCAGCGUAGUUAACUGGCCACACUGAGUCCUCCGCCUGUCGUUCCUUUCGCCUCUGUCUGUAUAUUUAUUGUGUUUAUUUCGUAGCGCGACCUUUCCUCGAACACAAGGCGCGUGUGAUUAGUGGGGGGUGGGGGGCGGGGGGCGGGGGCUGGCGAUUGGCAUUGGGUCAAAUGCACGCUGGUUUUUUAAAUCUCCUCGAAUUGCCCCCCCCUUUCAGGCCGUGUACGGUUCUACUAAGUGCUAAGAGCGCGACUCGUUAAGGAGCCUUUCACUGGCGCGUAGCUGAAGGUCACUCUUCCUCUUCCUCUUGGGAACGAGGGAUUCUGCUAUGAACGCGUGGAGGUGUCAGGCGGCCGGAGCAGCCCCUCCCGGCGCGACGGUGUAUAUCCACCAAAGGGAGCCCCGCCCCCUUACGGGCCACGUGGGCGGGGCUCUCUGUGACGGGCGCGUAGCUCCUCCUCCCGUUUGCCCCCCGCUCCGCCGUGGCGGUAGAGCCAAGCCACAGCGCCCUGGCGUUUCUGGGGGGGGGGGCAUGACUCGCUGGGCCUAUGACAUCACGGGCGAUUGGGAUUGGGGGUGGGGUUUGUGGUUAGGAUGAAUGUAUGGGGUGUGGGUGUGGGUGUGGGUGGGGCUAGUGAUCUGGGGUGUGGGGGGAGGUUUGGGUGGACUGAAAUAUAAUAUGCCUAUUUGUGCCUAUUGUAAAGAUGCCUUUUAAUUAGGUUCAGUGCUUCUCUGUACAAAUAUUACAAAGGAAAUUGCCAAAUAAAUUGUCCAAAAUAUA